AGAGCCCAAGGCAGGGCUUGAACUCACAAGCUGUGAGAUCAUGACCUGAGCUGAAGUUGGACACUCAACCAACCAAGCCACCCAGGCACCCCCCCAAAUGUGAUUUUCAAUGCCACUUAAUCCUGAGGUUCACUAGCUCGGUGUCCCCCUAGAUCUAAAAAUUUACUGGAACGGGGCCACUGGAUUUUCUAGAGGAUACUCUUGACCUGGAAGGUCAGGUCAUCUGGGUGUCCUGGGUCAUCAGGUGCCCAGGGAGAGGUUUGGGGAGUUGGGACGGGUUGUGAUGUUGGGACCCCAGCAUUUGCAGAACGUUGGAUUUUGAGAUGCUAGGCAACUCGCCCCAGGAGACCUUUGGGAUUUCAUAUCUCAGUCUGGUAAGCCCUGGGAUUGUGGAGCUCUGAGAUCCCAAGAAUUGAUUUUUAGGGGAACAAUGUAAUAAGGGAACUAGUUCCUGCAUCUGGAAGUAUAGGAAUCAGGGAGUUCUGAAAGCCAAAGCUCAUAGUUCAGGGAUGUGGGAAGUUGGGGGAACAGGCAUCUUGGCUCAGGGAGGUGCAGAGAUCAGAGAGCUCCAGAGACAUAGUGCAAGUAUUUGAAGGUACAAUGGGCUUUGGUGUGCAAAAUCUCACUUGGGAUUUAGGCAUCUGAGGCUUUGUAAUGGGCAUCAAGAUUCUCCAAAGCUGUGGAUUCUGUCUUUCUGGGCCUCCCCCUCACUGCGAGCAAGGCGACAGAGCCAUAAGCCCUGGCCCCUUUGGUUUCAGACCCCGGAAUACAUCCAGCAUGGCUAAGGAUAAGCAUGGUUAACCAUAACCAUGGAUAACCAUAAGCAUGGUUGAGGACCUAAGAACAACAGGUGCUUACUCUGUCAUCCCUUCCAUAGGGCUGGGGGUGGGGGGCUGGGGCUGUCCACACCCAGAAGGAAGGGCAGGCCUUGGCCAGCUUCUGGGUGGCGGCAGAGUAGGGGCGGGGCCCUGGGGGUGUAGGUAUUUAAAGCCUCCCCGAGGUUGCUCCCCAGCUACUAGCUCACUGUCUGCCACCUCUUGGACACCCCUGCCACCAUGUGGUUCUUGGUCCUGUGCCUGACAGUGUCCCUGGGGCUGAUCGGUACUGUGCCUCAGAUUCAUCCCCAGGCCAUGGGAUACUGGGGCUGUGAGAAGAAUUUCCAACCCUGGCAGACGCUUGUGUACAAUUUCACCAAUAACAGGUGUAGGGGCAUCCUAGUGCACCCCCAGUGGGUGCUCACAGCUGCCCAUUGCAUAAACGACUAUUACCAGCUCUGGGUGGGUCGCCGCAACCUGUUUGAGAGGGAAGGCACAGCCCAAUUAUUCCACCGAGUUACAAGCUUCCCCCACCCUGGAUUCAACCUGAGUCUCCUGGAGAACCACACCCGCCUUCCGGGAGAGCACUACAGCCGUGACCUCACGCGGCUCCGCCUGGCAGAGCCCGUCCAGAAAAGAGAAACUGUGAGGAUCCUGAAGCUGCCCGUCCAGGAACCCAAAUUGCAGAGCAUCUGCUACAGUUUUGGCUGGGGCGGCAUCCAACCUGUCACAUACAUAGGCGAUGUCCAGUGUGUGGACCUCAGACUCCUGCCCAGUGAUGAAUGUGCCAAGGCCCACUCCCAGAAGGUGACAGAUCACAUGUUAUGCGCCAGACCCUGGGAGGGCAACAGCGACAACUGUCUGGGGGACUCAGGGACCCCACUGAUCUGUGAUGGUAUGCUUCAAGGAAUCACGUCCUGGGGCCACAUCCCAUGUCGCUGCCCCACUACGCCUGCUGUCUACACCAAAGUGAUGCCCUAUGUGCAGUGGAUAAAGAGACCAUAUUGGCCAACAGUUGAAUGCUCCUGCCCUCCCCCUCCCCUUACUCAAAUCAAAUACACAUGAAAUUCUGGCAUCCUCUGGCUUUUAGAUGUGGAGGACCCACCCAGCCCGUGUCCCAAAGUGGAAGGGUGUGGGACACAGAACACCACAAUGACCAGAGGCGCAUAUUCAUUCAGGCUCCAAGAUCUGAGAGAACUCGAGAUUGAGAUUGUAAGGUUAAAAACGACCCGAGAGGACCUGAGUGAAUCGCCCUUGGGAAAUGUGGUCUGUUCUGUAGUACGCACAUAAGGAUGUUUUGCUCAAAGGAAGCCAGCUGUAUAUAGCACAGUGCGUUCACUCCCUUCUUUGUCUUUGCUUCUGUCGUAAAGAUUCUUAUCAGAACAUAUGUAUCUGCUAGACUGCUCUCCUACGCAAGAUAUGUACAAUAGCUGAAUCAGAUGUACAUUGUGGACAUGCUUUGCUAAGUUUCUGUUAAUCAUUGCUGACCUGUUUUUCCUGAAAACGUAUAUAAGAAGAUGUACAAUAAACCUUGGUGCCUCGGGCUGUUGGCUCGGGGUCCCCUGUGCCUCGCUA